AUGGCGGCGUUUUCUGAGCUUGGAAUGUUGCCAGAGCUGGCCAGUGCUAUUGAAGAGAUGGAUUGGACGUAAGAUACCUUUCAUAUUUAGUUUAACUAUGGCUUUUGAUGGGUCUAUUUAACAAUUUUUUAACGUGUGAUUGGUUAUCGACGUAUUUUACAUUUUUUUAUUAUUCAUAAAGGUUUUGUCUAUAUUUCUUUAGAUUGCCCACAGAUAUUCAAUCCGAAGGAAUUCCGGCGAUCUUAGGUGGUGGAGAUGUUCUUAUGGUAUGGUUUUAUCCUCUUAUGUUAUAUGUUUAGGCAGCUGAAACGGGUAGUGGUAAAACUGGAGCUUUUUGUUUGCCAGUGUUACAAAUUGUGUGGGAGUCGAUGAAAGAAGCUCAACUUGGUCGAAAACGGAAAAGAAGUGGUAAGAACAAGGUUUAAUUAACUUAAUUGGAUAGUGUUUAACCUUUUAAAAUUGAAGUUGAAGAAGUCUUUCAUAAAUUCGUUGAAUUCUGGUUGAUUUUUUUCCUCUAACAUGUUUUUGUAACUUAUUUAGCCCUUUUUAGUUUUUAAUUGUUUGUUAAAAUUCUUGAAGGUUUAUAUGCUUAAUGAACGUUAAUGGCUUUAGAUGGUUUUUCGUUUAUUUUAAAUGUAAAAUAGUUUUGUUUUAAGGCCUUGAGCCAUGGCGAAUGAACAUUUUUGACCGAGGCGCCAACGCGGGUAUUGAUCAAUCAGGUUUGAUUGUUAAAAGUACUCAUCCCGAGUAUUGGAAUGGUGCUAGAGCUACAACAGGCGUUACUGGAAAAGGUAUAGAAAGAUAGUCUUUAACUGCGUUUUUUAUAUUGUGGUAAAUAACAGUUUAAUAUUGUUAUCCACACCAUGAUUUAAAUUUUUUCUAAUAUUGUAUGUUUUAGGAAAGUACUAUUUUGAAGCAAAAAUAGAGACAGAUGGUCUAGUUCGUAUUGGAUUAUCUACGCUAAAUGCAAAAUUAAAUUUGGGUUCAGAUGAUCAAGGUUAUGGCUUUGGAGGUACUGGUAAGAAGGUACAUGCUAAUAAAUACGAAAAUUAUGGAGAAGCUUUCACUCUUGGAGAUGUUAUUGGAUGUUACCUGGAUUUGGAUUUUGGUCAAAUUUCUUUCUCUAAGAACGGCGAAAUGUUUGAUUUGGCUUUUGAAAUCUCCAAGGCCAAUUGGAAUGCGGUUUUCUAUCCAACUGUCUAUGUUAAGGUAAGGGGUUUUGUUGGAAUAGCUUUGAUUUUUAGUUGCUUUUGUGGUGAUAUGGUUUUGGGGAAGCUUAAAUGAAUUUUUUGAUUGUUAGGUUUAUUUAUGGGUCAAAAAGUAAAUAGAAUUGGCUUUUUUCUUAAUUUUAACAUUUUUUUUAUCAAAGGUCGUACAAAAAAUUGUAUUCUGGACUUAUAAAUUAAUGGGAAUUGCUAAGCGAAUCUAUCUCAAUUUGAAGUCUAAACUAAUUUUUUCAGAACGCAGCGGUCAAACUAAACUUCGGCUCAGAAGCCUUCAAAUACAGUCCGGCAGUGCAAGUUAUGGCGAUUUGUAAAGCUCCAAGUGCUUGUCAAAUCCCAUCGAAACGCAACACUUUGGGCGGUGUUUUGAACAAACGACCAGAAAAUGCACCAAUGUGCUUGAUUGUCGAACCUACGAAGGAACUUGCCCAACAAACAUACGAUCAGAUGGAACGUUUUUCAAAGUUUUUGGAUACUCCCAUUGUUCGGUAUGCUAUUGUGGGUGUGGUAGGGGUAUGAGGGCCAAGAAGGUUUAGAUAUAACGGGAGAGAACGAGGAAGAACAUUUUUUGCCUAAUAUGACUGUCUAAAGCACUGUAAUAUAACGCGAAACACCUUAUUUUUAAUGUUGAAUUCAUAAACCUUUACCUUCAGAAACGUCUUGGUCGUUGGAGGAACAUCAGUCGUAGCCCAAAAGCGUGAGAUCGAAGAAGGAGUGGAUAUAAUAUGUUGCACACUAGGCCGCUUGAAAGAUUUAGUUUCUCAAGAUGCGGUUGAUCUACAAUAUGUUCGUUUCUUUGUGAUUGACGAAGCUGAUUCGCUGGUUUCUCAAAGAGAGGCAGGCCGAACUAUCAGAGAAUUGAAGGAGAAGAUGCCGAUUUUCACUGAAGAUGGCUCAAGAUUACAGAUGAUUGUUUGCUCGGCUACACUGCACAAUGCUGAUGUUAAGAGAAUGGCGGUAAGCAUGAAGUGUAUUUCGAAGUAGUAUAGAUCUUUUUGAGUAGUAUUAGGUUGUUUACAGGGACGUCGUUUGGGGGGGGUGGUUCGGAGUGACUCCCCCCCCAGAGCCGAUCCGAAAAAAAAUCCACAGGUAGGUGGCACCUGUACGUGAAUAAAAGAAAAAAAAAUUUUUCGAAAAAUUGGUCUACAGUUUAUUAUGUGAACAAAUUUAAUGAUUUUAACAAAGCAAAAGGCAAAUGUUUUAGGUAACAAACGAGUUUUUUUUCGAUUUAAAAGAAUUUUUAAAAAAUUUUUUUUUAUUAUAACAUCGUCCUUUGAUCAAAAAUCAUAUUACAGUACCACAAAGUUUUGUCGUCAAUAUUUAGUUUAUAAAAAUAGACGGUAAAACAUAUUUAACACCAUGAUAUGGCUAAUUUAAUACCUAAAACGCAUGUUAAUGUUGCUCAGAACUCAAACUUUAAAUUUUGAAUAGCUGUUGUUUGAAUUAACAAUGAUAAAUGUUAUGAUUUUAAGAAUAAAGGAUAUGAUUGUAGGACCAACACAUGCACUUUCCACAAUGGGUCGAUCUAAAAGGACAGGAUUCAGUUCCAGACACUGUACAUCAAGUGGUAUGCAUGGUUGACCCAGUAGAAGAUAAAAGUUGGAUCCGACUGAAGUUUCAACCAAACUUUGGAAUUAAGGUAAAAUACGGCUAUUACAGCUGGUAGCUGGUGUCGUCAAUCAUUUUAAAAAAAUUUUUAAUUGGUUUUCUGAUUAUAAAAUGCUGUUUUUCGGCAUUUUUUUGAUCAAAUUCAUGGGAAAUAAACCUUAUUUUUGAAGAAAAGAUGUAAGGUCAAGCCUGCUUUAAACAAUUUUUAACAUAACAAGCUUUUUCACUUUCAGACCGACCAAAUUCACUCAAAAUCAGAGGUAAAACCAGGAUCAAACUCACCAGAAACCUUGUCAGAAGGCGCGAAAGUCCUCAAGCUGGUAUACCUGCUAAAAGCAGUCGAACAACAUCAAAUGGACAAAGGAAUCAUCUUCUGUCGAACCAAAUUGGAUUGCGAUCACUGCGAGCAAUUCCUGCUUCAACACAAUUACAGUGCUGUAUGUAUGCACUCGGACAGGAACUUCCAGGAACGUCACGAGAAUCUGGAGAAGUUCAGGAAGGGCGAGGUCAGGUUUUUGGUUUGUACUGAUGUGGCAGCGAGAGGAUUGGACGUGAAGGGAGUGCCUUUUGGUAAGGAAGCUUGUUGGUGGUUUAGAAAUGUGGAAGUUUUUUUUUUUUUGGUUAUGUAUGACAUUAGAAAUGACAUAAAAUAGAAAAGGAAACAUUUUUUACCUAGGAUAAUAUAUGAUUUUAUAUAUUUUAAGGCUCCAAGAAGGUGAUAUUCUAUAAAGACGAGUAUAAUUAAGUAAAGAAGUAUGUGUAAAAGAUUGUACUUAUAGGUAGCAAUUGUAAAUGUUCACUUAAAACUUAUAAAAUCGGCUUUUCAGUAGUCAACUUAACCCUACCACCAUCAGAAGAACUCUCGAGCUAUGUCCACCGCAUUGGCCGAGUGGGCAGAGCCGAUAGAAUGGGCUUGGCUAUAUCGUUGGUCUCAACAGUACCAGAGAAGGUAUGGUACCACCAGUGCAGAUCAAAAGGCAAAAGUUGCGAAAAUACACAGCUAAUACAACAUGGAGGAUGCGCCAAGUGGUACGAUGAAAAAGGUGUAAGUCUUUUAGGUUAUUCAAGCUAUAAUGACUUGUAAUGAUGUUCUAGGCUUGUAGUCAACAUAUAAGGUCGAAUAGCAAUAUUUAUUAUCUAAAACUAGACUUUAAAGCAUCAAAAAUGAUAUUUUCAGUACCUAAACGAGAUCGAGAACCAUUUGGGUAUAACCAUCGCUCAGGUCGAUUCGGACUUUGUUGUCCCAGUAAACGAAUACGAUGGCAAAGUGGUGUACGGAGAUCGACGCCAAUUAAACAAAGGCAUUCAACACUCCCAUGCCGUGGAAAUGAUGAGAACCGUCAAGGAUUUGGCUGAACUGGAACGAACUGUCCAGCUCAACUUUUUGAACAUGAAGCUUAUUAAAACUAAAUAG